GCGGGAGAAAGCAGCGUGGCUUCCCCUGGAUGUAAACAGGGCGGCAGGGCCGUGCCGAGGGGGUCGCACCGCCGGGCUUCUCCGAGAGACCUGCUCAGGUCAUGAAGUUUCUGAAGCUCUUUGGGCGAUUAAAAUCAGUUGUCAUUGGGAUGGUGCACGUGAGGGCAUUGCCAGGGACACCACGGAGCAGUUUGCCAUUGACCCAGAUCACUGAUAAAGCCUGUCAUGAGGCUGAGAUUUAUAAGGAUGCUGGAGUUGAUGGCUUGAUAGUGGAAAAUAUGCACGACCUUCCUUACACGGUUUAUGUUGGGCCAGAAAUAACUGCAGCAAUGUCAGUCAUUAGUGCUGCAGUGAAACACACCUGCCCACGUCUCCCAUUGGGUAUCCAGAUUCUGUGUUCUGCAAAUCAACAGGCUGUAGCUGUUGCUCUUGCUGCAGGUCUUGAUUUUAUCCGAGUUGAAGGGUUUGUUUUUUCUCAUGUUGCUGAUGAAGGGAUGAUAAAUGCCUGUGCAGGUGAUCUGCUAAGAUACCGAAAACAAAUUGGAGCACAGCAUGUUCAAAUUUUUGCCGAUAUUAAAAAGAAACACAGUGCUCACGCUCUGACAGCAGAUGUCAGUAUAUCAGAGACUGCUAAGGCUGCUGAGCUCUUCCUCGCUGAUGGGAUUGUAUUGACUGGAACAGCUACUGGAAUGCAGGCAGAUCCUAAAGAAUUGAAAGAAGUUGAACAUGCUGUGAAGAUUCCAGUGCUGAUUGGGUCUGGAGUGACGCUGGAGAAUGUAAGGAGCUACUUGGAUGCAAAUGCUUUAAUAAUUGGUUCAUAUUUCAAGAAAGAAGGUUACUGGGCAAAUAGUGUUGAUCCUGACCGAGUAAAGAAAUUUAUGGAUCAUAUAGGUAAACUGAGAGAAUGAAUUUAUCAUCAUAUAGUAUUGUGUUUGUGCAAAAUAAAAUCUGGCCACAGGAGAACUUUUGUGGGGUUACCAUACACAUCCAAUAUGAUAUACAUUACCAUGCACAAGUAACCUCCAUUAGCAUUCUUGGGAGUUGCAUGGGAGUUAGAACUGGUUAAUACAAUAUGAGGGGCGGAAAUCUUCUCCAUGGCUAGCCCAUAAAUCAGGUGGCAUUUUAAAGACAACAGUUGUUCUCAGUUUCAUUUGUAGGCACAUUUCUGCAUCUCUACUCCCGUAUUCCAAUACUAAAUUAUCUCUUAGAAGUUUUCAGGAAUAUAUUCUUUACAAUAGGUAAAGAAUUUGUUCAGCUAAAGAAUUAGCUGAGUUUUGUUUUAUGUGUGGAAUAUAAUAGGACACCCUAAGAUUGCAGCCACCAGAAUUGUAAAUUGGGCAGGUCAGUUAGCCUCUGUGUGCCUCAGUUUCUCCAUCUGUAAAAUCGGGAUAAUACCUAUUUUAAAAAAUGUUUUAGGACAUAAUGAAUGAGUUUUUAUAAAGCAGUUUCUUCUAAUAAAAUAAUAAUCAAACUGUCAAAAGUACAGUAAAAAUGCUAUAAGUUAGUAAAGUCCAUUUAUUCAUGUCUGAAUACUGGUGACAUCAUAGCAGAAUUUUUGGAAGUCUUGAUCUAUCACUAACUUCGGACACUCAGCAGUUGCCUCUCCCAGUUAUGAGUGGCACCCCAUCUAUUUAUCUCCUUGCUGGGCCUUUACUCUGAUGACCCAUCAUGAACUCCUUCCAUGAUAACUUUCUCAAGAUUAUUUCCAUCUCUAUGGCUGAUGUGAGCAAACUACAAGCCUGUUGAUUUCUGAGAGCAGAGAGUCCUCUUUUCUCCAAUAAUAUUUCAAACAUAAGAGUCUAUGCCAGCACCCCAUUUCAAAGGCUUCCGUUUUCUUCUAGUAAUCCACAUUAGUUCCCUAAGAUUCACCUCCAUAAGUCGCUAUGGCAAAAAAUUAAACUUUUCACUAGUUGAACCUUUGUAUGCUUCUAGAGGCCACCGUUUUUCCACACUUUUAAAAAGGAGGCCAUGGCUGAACAAACCAUCCCUAGUCUUCUUCCGAUUUCUCUAGAAUAGCCUUCUUGGUUGGAAUAUGUCUGAUCGCAGGUAAUUAAAUGAAUCUACUACCUCUACAUCUUGACCAUUAUUCUUGAUGUCCCCCUGCAUCCUGAUGUUAUUGAUAGUGUCAAGAUACAUGCAUUUUUAUUUUUGCCCCUUUCAGGAAUAGUCCAUAUUUCUCAUUAGCUGUUUUUAACAGACUCCAACAUUUGUUGAAUUCCAUGGAUGGCUGCAAUGAAAAACAUUUCUGAGUUCCUUCCACUUUAUCAAAACUUUCAGGGCUUGUCUCAGAAUAAAUUCUACAUCCAUAUUAAAAAGACUUGGGGACAGAAGGCGCCCUUGUCUCCCAUGUUCCAGUGGAAAACCUACUGAUGUUUGCACCAUGAUCUGUUGAUGGUGGAGACUUGUGAUGAAUUCAGUUAGAUGCUUUGGAAUCCCCAUAUGUGCCAGUAUCCUCCAGAGGGUGCUAUGAUGGAUGAUAUCAAAUGCCUUGGUGUAGCCAGAGAAACGCCUAAUCAGUGGAUUGCUGGAUAUUCACAGUUUGAUCAUAUUUGCCUCGGCCCUCUCUGAAAUCAACUUGUGGUGAUGGUAGUUCUGCUUCUGUCAUUUGCUUCGUGCCGUCCUGAAUUAUACAGAGGAACACUUUUUACUUGCAUGCUAUAUCAGGGAGAUGAUACGAUUGUCACUGUACUGUUAUAUUUCCUUUCUUUGGUAAGAGCAGAAAAAUUCUCUUUGUCCAAUCAUCCAGUCAAUUUCUAGUCAUUCACGCAUUGUUGCAAAUUUUCCACAUGAGAUCAAUACCACCAUCACCAAUCACUUUCAGCAAUUCUGCUGGCACAUUAUCUACCCCUGGUGCUUUCUCAGGCUUCAUUUUCAUAAAAGCACGCACCACUUCCUCGCUCAGGAUUGAUGGCUCUGGCUCUGUACUCUCUUUUCUGUCAUCCUGUAUUGUAAGUGGCUCUGAUGAGGCAUAGAAGUUGGCACAGUAAUCUCUCUGUGUUUGAAAUCACCACCUUCAAUAAAAACUGCCAUCACUAUCUUUUAUUAUGCUUGGUUGCAGGGAAAACUUCUUACUGUAUCUGACCACUGUGAACAUACCUUUUUAUUUUAUUAUUUUAAUCCUCAAGUUCCUCACAUUUUGCUUUAAUGUAUUUGCUCUUGUCUCUUCUAGUCUGCCUUUCAAUCUGUCUGCUCAGUUCUUACAGUGUAUUUUCUGUCCUGCAUUCUUCAGUCUCCAAGCCACUCCCACUCUGCAUAGUCAUUUCGGCAGCUCAGUCACCUUCUCUGUUAAUUAUAGUGCUGUCCGACACUGGCUUUUUGGAAUGUGUGCUUUGGCAGCUUCAAGCAUGAUAGUUUUCAUUUUAUCCCAAAAUUCAUUUGGGUGGUUCUUCUCUUUUACCUAUGAUAGUGACUCAAACCUGUUCUUGACAUGUAGUUUUCAGGACAAGUGCAGACACAGCAGACCUGCCAAAUGUCUUAUCUUUUUAUAUUUAAAAAAAUUAUGUUUGAGGGUAGCAGUUGAUGGUCUGAGCCACGGUGUGCACUCAGGGACAUCUUUGUCCAUUGGACACUUUAUCUCCAGUGUCCCUGUAUCAUUACAUAGUUGAUCUGGUUCUUUGUCACACUGUCAGGUGACCUCCAUAUAUGUAAACAUAUAGGAAGUUGGGUGGAGAUAGUGUUUGUAAUGACCAGAUGACUACAGUAACAGACUUCGACUAAACAUCUUCCUCUCAAUUGUAAACCCAGACCAUUGUCUCCCUUAUUUCGUUAAGAGCUUACAGCUCCAACUUUCAUGUUCAGAUCUUCAAUUACAAGGGUGAUGUCUUCACUUGGUGUUUUAAUAAGUGUCUCUUCAAAUCAUUCAUAGAAUGCCAUAAAUUGUUCGCUUGUCAGCUGCAUCGAGGCAUGAACCUGUAUGAUCAACAUUUUAACUGACUUUGCUUGAAGGCAAAUUUUAAUGAUUGUAUCGCUGAUUGGAUUAUAUCCAAGUGCACACUUUGGUGUCUCCUUAAAUAAAAUAAAUGCAACCCCUUUUCUCUCACUUUCUUGGAACAUGAGUGCACACCACAUACCCAUCCAUCAUCAUGAAAUGAUCUCUACCAUUCCAUCACAAUUCAGAUUCCAUAUAUAUAUAUAUAUAUAUAUAUAUAUAUAUACAUCUUUGAUCACAAUGGCAAAGUUCCCUUCGUACAUACUCCUCACAAUCCAUCUUCCUGUUCUGAUAAUUCUUUUACGAAGGUUCAAAUUAUUCUUUUCUUUGGUACAAACAUCAGGUACUGUACUUCCCAAAGGAACUGGUACAGCACCAUCUAACUGCAGCUGGGUACUCUUGAUGGCUGGAACCUCCUCCCCAGGUAAUUUGAUGAGCCUUUUGGCAUGGGAGGUAUCUCACCAUCCUGUGCCACACAUGGAUCAUGUUGCCUUUGUUCUGCCAUGAUUGGUCUCAUGGGAGAAAAUACAGGGAGUGGCUUCCUAUUUCCUAUUGCCUACUCCCUCUGGUUUGUAGUUGCUGUUUAAUAACUUCUCCCUGUUGAAUGCAUUUCCUCCAUUGGAGGUCCCAGUAUUCUCCACAGGAGUUCAUCUAUCUGAAGCUAUUAGUACUUUCUGAGGUUUCAGGCAGUUGUAGGUGGUACAGUCUACUACCAUUACAGCAACAGGCUGACUUGAAAAUGCUGUACCACCACCAAAAUUAAAAAAAAAAAAAAAAGGGAAAUGGAUUCACUUACUUAAUGAAUAGUAAGUGUAAAUAUUUAAAUAUAUUUUAAAUAGAGCUUCUGGAAUUUUUUUUUUGAAAUUUUGACAAAAUAUUGUAAUAAAAAACAUUUGAAAUGAAGAUUUAAUGCUGUUUCCAGACCAGUUAAUACAGCUCCGCACCUCUCAUAAUUAGUAUUAGUGAUGUUGAAGACUGCCAAGAUCCUUCCUAAUACACACAGAAAUAAUUAUGAUGGAAGCCUUUCUUGUAGUACUGAGGGGUAAACACAGAUUUUCAUUUUUUCACAAAGAAUUAAUCAUCAUAGGAAACAAUAUUGGAUAGAUUCAGCCAUCUCUUAAAACUAAAAUUAUCACAUAUAAAAAUGAUUUUCCUUAGCCAAAAAAAGGUCUAGAAGUCAUUGUGUGCUUAUGUAAAAUCAGAGAAUGAUAGAAGUACUAAAAGAUUUUUUAAAAAUCUUUUUUGUUAUUUGGGUUCAUAGUGUGAAAAUCUUGUGUGAUGUUUUAAUGAGAAUGGUGUGGACCCAGACAUGUUCUACAUGGAUACAUUUCAGAGAGGUGUUUUCAUAUGAGCACCCAAAUGAAAGAGAAGAAAUUGUGCACGAUACUAUGUUUAUAAUUAUCUUUAUUGUAUUUUGCAGAUUCAUUGGGUUGGGUUGGAAAUGUAUUCACUUCGUGAACUAUCUUGUGAAAUAACAGUCAAAUGAAAAUAAAAAAAUGACAAUUUCUGAUUAUA